AUCCAAUUGAAAUUUUAUUAUAUAGCUUGCUUUUUUUUUCAGCUCAUAAAAUAAUAUGUUUUUUUAAUCAUAAAGUCAACUAAAUCAUUCAGUUAUUUUUGUACGUAGCUUUAAACAAAUAACCUUCAUUUUCUGAAUACAAAAACUUGCUUUCCAUUAGAUUACAUAAGAGUAAUUCGAGGAAAGUGCAAUGAAGUUGCUACGCAUACUAAAUAAAUAAAAAUCAAAACAAUAUCUCUAUCAUACCAGAUAAGUCUUAUAGUUUGAUUUUUUUUAUUCUCUUAUUGGUUGACAUCUUACUUAUUAAUACAAUUGUAAUUACAUGAAAAUUUCCCUAAACUAUCCAAAUGACUGGGACUUAUCAUCCAGAAGCAUACAUAUUAUUUUCUUACCUGUAUGAUUUGGACAUAAAAUGUUGAACAUUUCCACGACUUUCUAUAUUCCUUUGCAAUUUGUGAAUGAAAAUAUAGUUAGUCGACUUGAAUACACUGAAGAGAUAUUUCUUAUGUCAUGGCUAAAACCUUGAAAUCAUUUCUAUAGUCUUUGUUGACUUUUCUUAUAAUAUAAUACUCAUAUAUACUUUCAAUAAUAACUGAAUAAUAGUAAAUCAGUUAGAUCACACCUUUUCCUAUAUAUAUAUAUAUAUAUAUAUAUGGUGAAAGAGUACCAAUAGAAAAUUGGGUGGGAUUGUCUUUUACUCUGUAGGCAUACUCUUUCUUUUCCUAUAAUGAAAAACAAGCUUAUGUCUAUUAUUGUUAUUUUCACCAUUUGUUUGUUUAAGAUACCUUUUAUUGUUAAAAUCGAUGCCAAAUCUAUACGAAGUAACUCUAGUGAUCCAUUUGUCAUUGGUGCAAUUGUGGAUAUGUCAUCUCGAGUAGGCAAAGAGGCUAGAGUUGCCAUGGAAAUUGCCAUAGAUGAUUUCACUGCAAAAACAAAUCAAAACUUGACGCUUUACACCACAAAUUCUAAAGGAAAUAUUGUUCAAGCAAUCCAAGAAGCCACCUAUCUCAUUGAAACACAUAAAGUGGAGGCGAUUUUAGGGCUACACACCAUGGAAGAAGUGGUUUCAGUUGCAGAGGUAUGUAAUGAAGCACAAGUUCCAACUUUCUCUCUUUUUGACUCAGUUCCUCAAUGGGCACUAGAUCGGUGGGCCCCCUUCCUAUUUCAAGCUUCGCCUUCUCAGUUUCCUCAAAUGAAAGCUUUUGUUGCUAUUCUUGAAUCUUACGGAUGGAGUCGUUUUACUUUCAUAUACGAAGAUAUCAAUUCAGCAUCCACUCAAAUCAUUCCACAUCUCAUGGAAGCCAUUAAAGAAUCUAGUACUGUAGAAAUAAGCAGCAUUGUAAAGCUCUCGCCUUUAUCCUCUUCCUUUUCAUUGCCAAAAGAACUCGAAAGAAUCAGUAAAGAACAAUGCAGAGUGUUUCUUCUUCAUUCCUCUUUGGAAACAGGCGUUCGCCUUUUUCAAAAUGCAAAGAACAUGGGGAUGAUGGAAAAGGGUUAUGUGUGGAUCACAACAAGUUUAAUCACAGAUCUUCUCCACACUGUAAAUUCCUCUACUUUUUCCACAAUGGAGGGCGUUUUGGGAAUUGGGAGUUUCUUCUCACAGUUUGAUGAAUUUACCACAAAGUUUCAGAAAAAGUUUAAACUCGAACAACCUGAAGAAGAAAACAACAUCCCUGGGGUUUUUGCAGCUCAGGCGUAUGACGCUACAUUGAUUGUGGCCUCUUUACAAUUCGUUGACCAAAAACCACUUGCAUCACAUAAAUUUCCAAUCAUAAAUGUUAUAGGAAAAUACUAUAGAGAACUAGGGUUUUGGUCAGAAGGACUCGGUUUUUCUGAGGUUAUUAAUGAUAAAACCACUUAUGAUCCCUCUUUGAAAAGUUUAGGCUACAUUUUUUGGCCUGGGAAACCGUUGCAUACUCCAAUUGGAUGGGCUAUUCCUACAAAUGCCAAUCCAUUACGAGUAGGUGUCCCAACAAUGGCCAUGUUUAAAAAGUUUGUAGAAGUGAAAUAUGAUCAUAAAAAUCAUAAUCUCACUUACAAAGGCUACUCAAUUGAGCUUUUCAAAGAAACCAUCAAACUCUUGCCUUAUUACUUGCCAUAUGAAUUUCAUCCCUUCAAUGGAACAUACGAUUCUCUAGUGAAGCAAGUUUAUUUGAAGAAAUUCGAUGUGAUAGUUGGUGAUGUAUCAGUAGUAUCGAGGCGCUAUAAGUAUGCUGAGUUCACGCAUCCGUAUACAGAAACAGGGCUAGUGAUGAUAGUGCCUGUUACAUCGUAUCAUGGACAAUGGUUAUUUGUGAAGCCCUUUACAUUAAGCAUGUGGGCUUUAACAAUUUUAAUCAAUAUAUAUAACGCCUUUGUGAUAUGGCUGAUUGAGCACAAAAACACCCCUGAACUUGGAGGAUCCGCUUUGAAUCGCACUGGAAUUCUUCUCUCUUUAGCCUUCACUAGAAUGUUCUUCACUCAUGGUGAUGAAGUUCAUAGUAAUUUGACCAGAAUGACAACAGUGGCGUGGCUGUUGGCGGCAAUAAUCAUCGGGCAGUGUUACACCGCUAGUCUCACCAGCAUGCUCACUGUGAAACGGCUGAUACCUAAAGUAGCAGAUUUUGAAACCCUAAAAAAUGGUAAUGCAGUUGUGGGGUAUGGUCAAGGGGCCCAUGUUGCCAGUUAUUUGGUGGAUGUUCUUGGUUUCAAGAAUCGAAACAUUAGGGCUUUCACUUCUCCAGAAGGAUACGCACGUGCCCUUAAAAACAGAGAAAUAUCAGCGGUUUUUCUUGAAGCUCCUUUCACUAAACUGUUUCUCGCUAAGUAUUGCAAGAGCUUUAUCACUGCUGGACCUACAUUCGGGGAUGGAGGAUUUGCAUUUGUGCUUCCGAAAGGUUCUCCAAUGGUGGCUGAUUUUACUAAAGCGUUAUUGAAUGUGUCUGAAAGUGGAACCCUACAAGAGAUAGAGAGAAGAAUGAUUGGUUCUGAGAAAUGUGUAGAGAUGGAUUCGGAUCAUGAUGAGUAUGAAAGUUUGGGUCUUGGUAGCUUUUGGUCGCUUCUUGUUUUGACAAGUGGGACUUCGACUAUUGCUCUUGUAAUUUAUGUUGUUAUUAGCUUGAGGGAUUAUUGCCGGAUCGAACAGAAAAGUAUAAUUUCAAUUUUUUCAGAUGUUAAGAAAUACUUUGUGAUUCCAAGGAAACGAAUCUCAAGGAAAGUUAGCGAUUUAGAAAGUCCUAAAAAUCUCAACAUGGAAAUGACUUGAGUAUUUGGACAUUGGUGUGGACAAACUGGAAAAAAGAAGAACAAUCAUUAAGUUCAAAUAGCAACACCAUGAUGGGGAUGCCAUUCAUGCACAUGAUGGACAUCAACAAGAACAAUUCUCACCAUGCUGUCAUGUGACAAAUGGAUCACAUGAGGUCAGCCACAUCUACCAACCUUUUUAUAAAGGUAUGCAGAUGGAUUGGGCUUUCUGGGCUUUUGUGGAUUAGAUUUGGAUUGGGCUUUAGAUGUCAUUGGAUCAGGAUCUUGGAGCUUUGCAGAGGUUGCAAAUAUUUUGGUAGGACGGGUCCUCAAUUUGGCUUUAUCUAGGAUAUUUUUUUGAUAGAUUUGGGCUGGUUGGACAUUUUGUUAGCUUUUUCUCAUUUUGUAUCUAUAUAAUCAUUUUUUGUAAAUUUUCCAUUUGUAACAGUUAGUAUAUGCAACAUCUGUGAUUUGGUUUUGUUGUGUUUAUAAAGGUUAAUUGGUUAUAAAUGUGGCAAGGUAU